AAUUCGAGGCUCGCUCCUGCUCGCUCCUUUUUGGACCAAUGAAGGAACCAGACGCCAUCAAACUUUUCAUUGGACAAAUCCCCCGGAAUUUAGAGGAGAAGGACCUUAAGCCUAUCUUCGAGCAGUUCGGCAAAAUCUACGAGUUGACAGUCAUUAAGGAUAAAUACACCGGCAUGCAUAAAGGAUGCGCCUUCCUGACUUACUGCGCCCGCGAGUCAGCUCUCAAGGCCCAAAGUGCUCUUCACGAGCAGAAGACGUUACCCGGGAUGAACCGACCGAUCCAGGUGAAGCCAGCAGACAGCGAAAGCAGAGGAGAAGACAGGAAGCUCUUUGUGGGAAUGCUGGGUAAGCAGCAGACAGACGAGGACGUCCGGAAAAUGUUCGAGCCGUUCGGGAACAUCGACGAGUGCACGGUACUGCGGGGUCCCGACGGCACCAGCAAAGGCUGUGCCUUUGUGAAGUUCCAAACACACGCAGAAGCACAAGCUGCCAUCAAUACGUUGCACGGAAGCCGCACGUUACCGGGCGCCUCAUCCAGCCUCGUGGUGAAAUUUGCCGACACGGAGAAGGAGAGGGGGCUCCGCCGGAUGCAGCAAGUGGCAAACCAGCUGGGGAUGUUCAGCCCCAUCGCCCUCCAGUUUGGGGUGUACAGUGCCUACACCCAAGCACUAAUGCAGCAACAGGCAGCCCUUGUUGCCACACACUCCGCCUACCUCAACCCCAUGGCGACGAUGGCCGCCGUCCAGAUGCAGCAGAUGGCCACCAUCAACCCCAACGGCCUCAUUGCCACCCCCAUCACCCCCAUCACAACCUCCUCAGGGACCAGCACGCCACCUGCCAUUGCUGCCACGCCAGUGUCUGCCAUCCCGGCCACCCUCAGCGUCAACGGCUACAGCCCUGUUCCCACGCAGAGCACGGGGCAGCCGGCCUCCGAGGCCAUUUACACAAAUGGCGUCCACCCAUACCCAGCACAGAGCCCAGCAGCCCCCGUGGACCCAUUGCAACAGGCGUACGCCGGGAUGCAACACUAUACAGCCGCCUACCCUGCCGCCUACGGACUGGUGAGCCCGGCCUUCCCGCAACAGCCAGCCACCAUCAUUGCCCAGCAGCCACCUCCACAACAGCAGCAGCAGCAGCAGCAGCAGCGGGAAGGCCCCGAGGGCUGUAACAUCUUCAUCUACCACCUGCCGCAGGAGUUCACAGACUCCGAGAUCUUGCAGAUGUUCCUCCCCUUCGGAAACGUCAUCUCCGCCAAAGUCUUUGUGGACCGGGCCACCAAUCAGAGCAAAUGUUUCGGAUUCGUAAGUUUUGACAAUCCCGCCAGCGCCCAGGCUGCCAUCCAGGCCAUGAACGGUUUCCAGAUUGGGAUGAAGCGCCUCAAAGUCCAGCUCAAGAGGCCCAAAGACGCCAACCGCCCCUACUGA